CCAUUGUGCGCCUCGCUCGGCCUGGCGGAGGGUGGGGAGGCGAGCGCCGCGGGUCCGCCGCCGCUGCGCGCCAGGCGCGUCUCCGGCGAGGCGCGUCGAGGAGGUGGAACGAAGGCGCCGCGUCUGCUCCGGCUGCAGCCCGGCGGAGGCGGAGGGGGACCUGCCGCCUUCGCCCGCCUCGCCUCCUUCGGGGGAGGGAUGGAGGCUGCUGUGCUGAAGCCCCUCGUGGCCGAGGUGAAGCCGGGCGCCGUGAGCGCCGAGCUGGAGGUGAAGAAGCUGCAGGAGCUGGUGCGCAAGCUGGAGAAGCAGAACGAGCAGCUGCGCAGCCGGGCGGCCGCCACCUCGCCCGCCUCGCCGGGAAGCGCCGCCAGCGCGCUCCUGCUGCUCCCCGCCGCCGUCCAGGCGCCCGCCUCGACCCCCAGCACCUCCCCGACGGCUUGCAUGCCCAGCCCGGUUCCCACUCUCCUGUGCCAAGCUGAGCCCUUCGUCUACUUCAAGCCGUCGCCCCCCGGAGAAGGAGGAAGCUGCCGCCCCGGAGGCCAGGAAGCCGCCGUGGCGGCGCCCCCUACGGACACCGUCCUGGAUGAAGUGGAGGUGCUGGAUCUGCAGGAGGUCGGGUGCUGCGAUCCGGAGGACGACGACGACGACGAGACGUGGUUGUAUGUUGCACCAACAAAGAGCAUCGUACCCCAAGAAAAAUCACUGACCCCUUUGCAGUGGUGUCGCCAUGUUCUAGAUAAUCCAAGCCCUGAGAUGGAAGCUGCAAAACGCUCUCUGUGCUUCAGGUUGGAACAAGCUAGUCGAUGGCGGAGUCUCUUCUCUACGUCUGUCUCCUUGGCUUUCCCCUAUAGCCCUGUUGCAAGGCUCACUCCAUAUAGCAAUGGCUUUAACACUCCUGCCUUCUCUAAAACCUUCAAUAAAGCAAUAUUAACACCUGAAAGAACAGGUUGUGUUUCUAGAAGUUCCCCUCUCAGCCCCCAGUCAUCCAUAGACAGUGAACUGAGCACCUCAGAACUAGAAGAUGAUUCAAUCUCCAUGGGAUAUAAACUGCAAGACCUCACGGACGUCCAGAUCAUGGCUCGACUACAAGAAGAGAGUCUGAGACAAGAUUAUGCGUCUACUUCAGCAUCUGUAUCGAGAAACAGCUCCAGCGUCUCUCUCCAUUCGAGCAAGAAAGGGACAAGCAGCGACCAGGAAUUUGAUCGCUACAGCCUUGAGGACGAAGAGGAAGAAUUCGACCACCUGCCCCCUCCACAGCCUCGGUUGACCCGCUGCUCCCCUUUCCAAAGAGGAAUUCCCCAUUCACAGACUUUUUCCAGUAUACGGGACUGCAGGAGAAGCCCGACUUCCCCAUAUUUCCCCUCAAACAAUUAUCCACAGCAACAGUGUUACUCUCCUCAAGCCCAAAAUCCUCUUGAGCCACAACCAAACAGGAUUAAUGGAGACAAGCUCCGAAGGAGCAUGCCGAACUUGGCUCGGAUGCCCAGCACCCCAACCCUCACCACCAAUGUUGGCCCUGCCAUCACUGUGAGGAACAGCCUAAGCUUUGAUUCCAAUCUGCAUGGAGCUGGUAACGGGAUAUCAAGAAUACAGUCCUGCAUUCCUUCUCCAGGGCAACUUCAACACAGAGUUCACAGUGUGGGACACUUUCCAGUAUCGGUUCGGCAGCCUCUCAAAGCCACAGCCUAUGUCAGCCCAACCGUUCAAGGGAGCAGCAGCAGCAGCAGUGGCGGCGGUGUUCCGUUGUCCGGCAACUUACAGCUACACUCCAACACAGGCAUCCCAAUGCCAAACAAGAUUGCAAACGCCAGCAUUGCAGCUCGCAGUGGCCUCCCAAGGCCUUCCCUGGCUAUAGGGGGGAGCAGCAUACCCAGAAGCAAAAUUGCACAGCCAAUACGAAGUUUUCUCCAGCCGCCAAAACCUCUUUCUUCGCUUAGUACUCUACGGGACGGCAACUGGAGGGAUGGCUGCUAUUGACAAUGGGUCGACCCGAAAUACAGAUUCUCCUACCCAGCUGGCUGGGUAAAUAUAACUGUGAGAGGCUGGAUGAAUAACACAGGGCUGUUUCUUACUCUUCUGUCAUUGUUGUUGGUCACUAAACAUAUUACACUUAGUUGUUUGCUCAGAAAAACAAACAAACAGCAGUGUUGUCAAAUUAAUGUUGCAGCAUUAUGGUUUAGGUUUUUAAAAACACAUGCACAAAGUAUCCCACUGGGGGGAGCCAAAAUGUGACUUCUGGAUGCUUUGUUCUGAACAGUGUUCAGAUCCCUUUGAUUUUUGUACUACUUUUUGUUGCUUUAACGAGUUCCCUUGCAAAUUGGCAAAAUAGAUCCAUAUCCUUACCUGCUUCAACUUUUCUUUUGUAGCCUUUUCAAGGGAGUGUAUUUUUGCAUACAC